AUUAUAGGAAACAAUCCAUUCAAUUUUCCUCAUUAUAUAUGGAUAUUGUUGAAAGUUUCAUGCAGGCAUCUGCGCGUGCGCUCACGGGUCCUAAUUAUCUUGGGUAAAUGUCUGUGUUUUCUUUUUCUCCAGGAGGGAAACUUCGCUAGAUUUUUGCUUUGAGUUUGACGCGAAUUUCACAUUAAACGGCUCUUGAUCUAGAGUACGGUACUCCUCUUCACUGAAAAGGUUUUCAAUCAUUUAGCGGGCCACAAGUCAUGUCUGGUAUAGCGUUAAGUCGUCUCGCACAAGAACGAAAGGCUUGGCGGAAAGACCAUCCUUUUGGUUUUGUAGCCGUACCAACAAAAAACCCUGAUGGAACUAUGAACUUGAUGAACUGGGAGUGUGCCAUCCCAGGGAAAAAAGGGACACCGUGGGAGGGAGGCUUAUUCAAACUCCGGAUGCUGUUCAAGGACGACUAUCCUUCCUCUCCACCAAAGUGUAAAUUUGAGCCUCCUUUAUUCCAUCCGAAUGUAUAUCCGUCUGGUACCGUGUGCUUGUCUAUUUUAGAGGAAGACAAAGACUGGAGGCCUGCCAUUACAAUCAAGCAGAUCUUGCUAGGAAUCCAAGAACUCCUUAAUGAACCAAAUAUUCAGGACCCCGCACAGGCUGAGGCAUACACAAUUUACUGCCAAAACAGAGUGGAGUAUGAAAAAAGGGUCAGAGCACAAGCCAAAAAGUUCUCGCCGUAAACCUCAAGAUUUCGCACUGUAAUGGAAAUGGGUUUUGACCAGGUCUCCUCACCCCUGUUACUCCCCCUUUACAAAUCAUAUCCACUUCAUACUGAUUUACUGCUGGGCUUAAAGAAAUGAAUGUGUCGUGCCAUUGUUGAUCCACUGAUGCUCGUCCUAAAAAACUCUUCCUGGAGGUUUUAAAUUUGGCCUUUUGUAUAAUAUAUUUAUAUAUGUAUAUUUUUAUUUUUAUUUUUCUUCCCAGUUGGGCAAAUCCACAGCAGAGGAGUUCACACUAAGUUGUGUGAGGUGUGGCUUUUUUUUUUUUCUUUUCUUUUUUUUUUUUUUUUUUUUUGUGGGUGGGGUUACUUGGUAACAGUGCUACAUAUUUACAAAAAGGCACAAUAAACAUCCACAUGCAGAAGAAAUGAUAUUCCACAGAUGCAGAGGCAUGAGCCUAAAACUUUUGUUUCGCUUAAUCUUUGUUUUCUUUCAGACUGGCCUCCUUAGUCUCUUUCAUGGUUUUAAUGAUUUAAAACUUGCUAUUAAUGUCAGUAUUUCAACUGCUGUAAAAUGAUACUUUUAUACUUUCUUUACUUUGAAUUAGUGUCUAUAGAGAGAUUUCCAUUCCUGAUGCAGGCAGUGUACUAAGCAUGUACCGUUCAGUAUCAUAGCAUUGUGCUGCCUCGGCCGUCUGUGUUUCACAAAAAAAGGAAAAAGAAAAAAAAAAGACUUAAGUAAAAGGCCUCUGAAUCAAAUGGUUGGUUAGUUAACCGCUGCAUCAGUCUCUUUGUGUUUAUAUGGUGUUUUGUUCAUGUAAGUGUAUAGAGUAAAUAAAAAUGUUUAUACAAAGCCA